AGCCAAUUUCACAUGUGUAUUUGAUUGCUUACUUAUUUGUUUAUUAAAUAAAAUACAUGUAACUCAUUAGGAUCCAAUAAGAAAACGAUUGAAUUAAACAUGGCUCAACUUCCGGUUUGGUAAAAUUUGUUCCGUUCUGUAAAAAGUAUUUAUCUUUUUUUUCCGGAGUGUGACAAGGACGUUUGAGGGAUUUAUCUGGCUUUUGUUAAUUUAAUUACCAUUUCACUUUUCUCCUCUGAACACGGAAGUCUGAGCUUGUGAGCUGGUCACAUGACUGUUUUCCUGCCAAAGCAGUAAAUAUCAGGAGCUAACAGGCACACGCUAUCUGGCUACUCCUUCUAUCAGCAGAAUAGACGUUUUUUUAACCUAACCAGUUAACAGUCCAGAGUCUGUUGUGUGGGUGGUGCGUUUCGAUAAGCGAUGACCCGACAGCUUCCCUUUGUGUUAUAAGGGAGGCUUGUCCACUUAAUCAAAUCUGUGGUGAUUUAGCUAGCUUAACGCUAGCAAGCUGUGUUAGCGUCUGAAGGAGGUUUCGUUGCUAGUGACUAUGCAAGGGGAAACCGCGGCUAUACGAAUCACGGAAAACGAAGGCAAGCUGGAUGUAUUUCCCCAGAACAGAACCCCAAGCUCGGGGAGAGCAAGUGCUAAAGGCUGGCAGUAUAGUGACCACAUGGAGAAUAUUGAUGGCUACUUGAUGAAAUACACCAACCUUGUAACAGGCUGGCAGUACAGGUUCUUUGUCUUAAACAAUGAGGCGGGCUUGCUGGAGUACUUUGUCAAUGAACAGUCACGGCCACAGAAGCCCAGAGGCAUGCUCCCUCUGGCAGGGGCCGUCAUCUCCCCCAGCGACGAGGACUCUCACACCUUCACUGUCAACGCCAUCAGUGGGGAGCAGUACAAGCUCAGGGCCACCGAUGCCAAAGAGAGGCAGCAUUGGGUGAGCAGACUGCAGAUCUGCACACAGCACCACACAGAGGCCAUGGGGAAGAGCAAUCCCCCACCCAAGUCCCGGAGCUACUCGAUGGCAUCUCAAGGCAGCGGCAGCUCACCCAUGUCCGUGCGCCGGCCCAGCCAAAACCCCAACAACUUAUUUGCCUGGUCGCAGGUGAACAAGGGUUCGUCGCUCUACUCCAGCAAGCGGUCUCUGCUCCCAGACCACCUGCUGGACGCCAGAGAGGUACAGCUAGCCAGAGACACUCUGCUCAGCGUGUUAGGCUGACUUACAAAUUUAUUU